CCGUCCGAGCGACGCACGGCAUUUCGCAAAGUCGUUCCGCUUCGCGCGGUGCUCGCCACCUCUGCCACACAGUAAUCGCGACGGCGAAUCAGCUCGACAAUGAAAUUGCCAACCCAACUCUGAUCAUGUGCCCCAUCCGUUUCGUUUAGUACAUUGUUAAAAUUUAAUUUUUGUUCGCGUCCCCGGACGUGCAGACCCCACACAUCAGUUUCCGUGUCGGCGACCAUAACCUCACUUUUCGUGUCCGGGCACGGUAGUGCGUACGAGAACCAUGGAGAAGACCAGCGACAAUCAGAAAACGGUCUACAAGUUGGUCCUGACUGGAGGCCCAUGCGGAGGCAAGACCACAGGACAGGCCAGGCUGUGCACGUUCUUCGAGAACCUUGGCUGGAAAGUUUUCCGUGUACCUGAAUCUGCGUCGGUUCUACUUAGCGGUGGAAUAAAAUUCAGCGACCUAAGCGAAGACGAAGCUAUCGGUCUGCUUCCAAAAAUUAUUAAGGGAGAAAAGGAACCACCUCCGAAAAGGUGUCAGAGCGUCGCUGUUAAAUUUCAAGAAAAUCUGCUUAAGACCAUGCUACAAAUCGAAGACACUUUCUUCGAAUUGGGUAGAACCUGUGAGAGAAAUUGUCUUAUUAUUUGUGAUAGAGGAGCUAUGGACGCUUCAGCAUUUAUAACCAAAGACAAAUGGGAGACAAUGAUGAGGGACAACAGCUGGAACAACGUGGAGCUGAGGGACAACAGGUACAACCAGAUCAUACACAUGGUGUCCGCCGCCAAGGGGGCCGAAGAAUUCUAUUCAACAGAAGACCACAAUUGCCGUUCGGAAGGCGUGGAGCUGGCCCGCGAGCUGGAUUCGAAGGCCGCCGAUGCCUGGGUGGGCCACCCCUACUUCGACGUCAUCGACAACUCGACCGACUUCGAGGGCAAGAUAAGGCGGAUGCUGGUCGCCGUAUGCCACAAGAUCGGCGUCGACACCGGCGACCGUUUGCUGAAGAACUCGCGCAAACACAAGUACCUGAUACGCUCGUUGCCGGACGAGCGCAGCUUCCCGCCCUUCCAGGACUUCGAGGUGGUGCACAACUAUCUGCAGUCCAACUCGCCCAACCAAGUGCGGCUGCGCAAACGCGGACAGAAAGGUUAUUACAGUUACAUCCAUACAGUAAGAAGACAGAACCAACCAGGAGGGCAAGUGAUUGAAGUCAAGACACAGAUAACCCACAGAGAUUACAUCAAUCUGUUGGCACAGAAAGACAAGACCCACUUCACCAUAUACAAAAAGAGGAGGUGCUUCAUUUUCAACAACCAGUACUUCCAGCUUGACAUCUAUGAACAGCCAAGCCACCCCAGAUGCAAAGGCUUAAUACUACUCGAAACCUACUCGGCUUUAGAAGAGGAGACCCUGAAGAAGACCCUGCCGGUUUUCCUGGACAUUGAAAAGGAGGUGACCGGAAACCCGGAGUAUUCCAUGUACAACUUAUCCUUGAGGGAGGACUGGAAGAACUCCAAGAAGUUCUUCGCACCGAUGACGCAGGGCCCGCAAGACGUACCGUACCACGACGGCAAGAAGUACAACGGCAUGUCGAACGGCCACGAUUGCAAGCAGGCCCUAAAGCUGAACGGCCAUUCGGAGUUGAAUGGCACAAAUCCGGUGAACGGCAAAGCUUAGUGUGAUAUGAAAUGUAUUUUCUCAAGUAUUCUUUUCUCGAUUUAGCGGUACUUAGUUUUAAAUAAUGUCCCUUUUAUCCUGGUUUUAUGAUUUGUGCAUGGUGUAAUUGUAGAUUGUGAUUACGUGAUUCUGUGCCAACUAAUUAUAAAUAACUUUUGGUCGCUUGUAAUUAGUUGGCAUGCGACUUGAUUAAUGUUUAGUCAAAUCUUCAGUUGCCUAGCUGAUUCUCUCGUUUCUAAAACUUGCACCAUGUCCUAGACAGACAAAAAAUUAAAUUCAUUCUUUUUUGUAGGAUUUGUUUUGUUAUAGAGACAACAGUAUUUUAUAGAGUAUACAAUAUUAGCCAUUUUUGCCUAUAAAUUCGAAAUAAAAAAAAUGUACCUGCUUUCGAAUCUAUGAUGUAUAUCUAUUGUGAAAAUUGUAAUCUAUUAAAUGUAUCAUAAACAAUAUAGAGUGGGUCCUACAUCUUCAUAUUUAUAUCAAAUUGAUAUAUAUAUUAUUGUGGUGUAUAUUUCAUUGAUUGACAGAAAACUGUAUAUUAAAAUAAAAUAUUUUAUCGAUGUCAAUUUGUAUGUACUUAAAUAACAAAGUACCUUGAAUUUUAAGAAUUACUUAAUUGUACUUCAACCUGUUAAUAAUAUAUGUUUUCAGGACA